AGCACUCUGAUAUAAACCAGUGUCCUGGAUAACUUCUCCAGUUUUUGAGUAUAUUUGUGAUAUAAGACUGUUUUGGAUUACGAAAUUACAAGAUGAAGAUUGUGAUCCUCUUGGCGUUUCUACUGACAACUGUUUCAGGACAGGUGACCCCAGUUCAAGACCCUGUUAACAGUUUUUGUCAAAGUAAAAUAGCAGCAACUGGCGUAGAUUACUACAGAAUUCCCGGGUAUUGUAAUAUAUUUGUCCACUGUAACGAACAAACCAAACCGGAACUACAGACAUGCGCUUCCGGUACAUUCUUUGAUGGUGCUGGAUGCCAUCAUGCUUCUGCUGUAACCUGCUCGGAUGAUCCGUGUAAAAUGUUACCAGAAGGCAAGCAGUUUUCAGAUGGUGGAAAUUGUUUUGGUUAUUAUGAGUGUCGAGGCAACAAGGCUUUCUAUGAACAUUGUCCUCAAGGGAUGGCGUUCAAUGUGACAGCCUGUUUCGUAGACCCAGCUUGUAUUCAUCCUGACACUAUUUCUACUCCUGUCGAUACUAGAGUUAAUCUUCCUGGAUGCCCACCACAUAUUAAAGCCGAUACUGUAGACGUUACUAAGUAUUACAUGAUAGAAGGAACUGGAAAUCCAGUCGGUAAAUUCUGUGCAGCGGGUUUAGUUUUUAGUCCCACAGUUUGUGGCUGUGAUUGGCCGGAUCCCAGCUUGGUGACACCUUCUCAGGUCACACAACGUGUUGUCGGAUGUAAUUCAGUCUUCAGUUUCCCAUUCACCAGCGACUUUCAGGAACUGUACAACCGAGUCUACCUCUUCAGCGACGGUGGUGUUUUCGUCAGGAAUAACAAGGCCUACUUUGAAAUACCUGGGGUCUUGGAAAUUCCUUACAUGUCGAAUGUAGAGUUAGGAUCAAACUUUGCUCUUGGAUUUACAUUCAAAUACGGCGGUAACAACGAAACUGACAACGUGACAAUCCUGACUAAUGAAGAUACCAAUUAUCCAGCAACUUAUAGUGUUCGGCUCCAUCCUGUAGACGAGAAGGUUACAGUCCAGCUUGUCUUGAUGGACGGCUCUACAGUCUCUCUUGCAGCUUUAAAUGUCGAUCCAUUCCUACAACACACAUUCAGAUUGGGAAAAUCUGGUGAUCUGAUCAAAUUACAGAUCGAUAAUCAAUCACCCAUAACCAAUACAGCCUAUGCUGGUUUGGCGGGUCAGCCUUCUCCUCUAUCUGUUGGUUCAGGUGUAACUGGAGAACCAUUUAUAGGAUACGUUGAUGAUUUAUCGUUGUUCAGAUGUCAACCAUCUUCUUUCUACUUUUAAUUCCUUUUAUCUUUCAAUCUGAUAAUUUAUUCCUAAUACUGGCAUAAUAUUUCCUUUUAUCAACAUAUUUAUACAGCAAUAUCAAUCGCCCGAUCGCACUUACGUUGAUUAAUGCUCAAAAGGGUAUUAAAAGGGGGCUCAUAAGAUGUCGGAAACAUUUACAGCUUUUAUGGUAGAUAUCAUUGAUAUUUGUAAUAAUAGUUUCGUAACCUGGUCGGACUGUAAUGCUAUAGAAUAUCAGACUAAAUUCCAUAAAGAUAUGUUAAAUUCAUGCUUUUAAUUUGUAUUUUGUAAUUUGUAAAUAAAGUCUUUGUUUGU